AAACGCGACAAUAAUCAUUGAUAAUUUACCACCGGACUUUAUACUUAAUAUUUGCACGCUCGUUUUUAAGAUACUUGUGCACAGUGAUCAGUAGAACGGUAUCUGCCGAACUGUUCGGAUCAAACGUUAGUGAUAAUGAUUAAAAAAUUGUUAUUUGGAGUUAUCGCGCUCUUGGCUGCUUACUAUUUUGGGAAUUGUUGUUCGAAAAAUGAAACAGAAAUUCCGAGAAUGCCAGAGCCAAACUGGGGACCAGUUGACGGUACCAAGGAUUCAUCAGUGCGACCAUUUAAAAUCUCAGUUCCCAAGGAUGUAAUCAACGAUCUUAAAGAACGAUUGUCACGGACACGUGAGCCGGUACCGCCACUUGAGAACGUCGGAUGGACUUACGGACUCUCCAGCAAAUACUUUCAAAAAAUAAUUGAUUAUUGGAUUAAUAAAUAUGAUUGGUACAAGCGUCAAGAUUUGCUUAAUAAAUAUCCACAAUUUAUCACAAAUAUUCAAGGACUUGAUAUACAUUUUUAUCAUGUAAAGCCGAGCAAAUCGCUAAGUACUGAUGGCAAACCACUGAAGGUACUUCCACUUUUGCUUGUCCACGGCUGGCCGGGUUCAGUCGUCGAGUUCCAAAAGAUAAUUCCGAUGUUAACGAUACCGAGGCCGGGAAAAGACUUUGUUUUUGAAGUUAUUGCGCCUUCCUUGCCUGGGUAUGGCUUUUCACAAGGAGCUGUCAGACCUCAUAUGGGCCAUGCACAGAUGGCUGUUGUUAUGAAGAAUCUGAUGACAAGAUUGGGCUUUGAUAAAUUUUAUACCCAAGGCGGCGAUUGGGGGAGUGCUAUUACAACAGAUAUCAGUACUUUGUUUCCUGAAAGAGUUACUGGUGCCCAUUUAAAUAUGUGUGGAGUACGAAAUUCAAAAUCAUUCUUCUGGCUGUUAGUGGGUUCAUAUUUCCCGUCACUGGUCGUUGAAUCCGAGCACUAUUCCAAAGUAUACCCGUUGACCGAAAAAUGGUCGAGAUUACUUGAAGAGUCCGGUUAUUUCCAUCUUCAAGCUACGAAACCUGAUACUAUCGGCACAGCACUGAUGCAAGCACCCGCAUCUCUUGCAACUUAUAUCCUGGAAAAAUUCAGCACGUGGACCAAUCCUGAGUACAGGUUCCGCGACGACGGCGGUUUGUUGGAAAAGUUUUCCAUGGAUGAAUUGCUUGACAAUGUGAUGGUUUACUGGAUCACUGAUUCGAUAACAACCAGCGUGAGACUCUACGCCGAAAGUUUCAGUUCUGAAAACAACAACAAAUAUGAUUCAUUGACCACAAAUGUACCAGUAGCGUGUGCAAAUUUCCCCCACGAAUUAACGUACACACCAAAAUCAUUAAUUGAAAUGCGAUUUAAAAAUUUAAUUCAAUUCAAUCAUCUCCCUCGUGGUGGACACUUUGCUGCUUUUGAAGAACCAAAACUUCUUGCUGAUGAUUUUUGGACAUUUGUUGAAAAAGUUGAACAAAAAUUCACAAAAUAAUAAUAAUAAUAAUAAAAA